UGUGCAAUAUCCUGUAUGAUGUCUCAUGCAUCAUUUGGACAGACUAAUCCUGGAUCUACUUGGGAAGUUACAGAUUCUGCCUGAUCUUGUAUAAAAAGUAUUCCCCUUUGGCAACAAACUGAAGCUCUUCAGGACACAUCUUCAUAUGAGAGAUCUGGCGCAUUUCUUGGCGCAAGUGGACAAGCAGCUGACGUGCUAAAAGUGAGUGCAGCGUGACAGACAACUCUGCUUUAAAAUCUGAUUCCACAAUCAACAGUUGAAAAAGGCUAAAUACAAGACAUGAGGAAAGGCAUCUACAUCACCAAAGCGGUAGCAGUCACCUGUGUGGUAACUGCCAUUGGUGCUGUGGCCACCAUCAUAGCCCUGUCUGUGGUUUACACACAGGAGAAGGCAAAGAAUGAAGCGACACUUCCAUCCACUACUGGCCCCAGUACCACCACCCCCAUCCCCACCACGCCCUCCACCCCGAAGGAGCCCUGGCAGCGCUACAGACUUCCAGACUCCCUCGCUCCUGUCUCCUACAAUGUGACCCUGUGGCCACGGCUGGAGCCCAACGCAGAUGGCCUGUACAUCUUCACAGGGAACUCCACGGUGGUCUUCAGAUGUGUGAAGGAGACUGACCUCAUCAUCAUCCACUCCAACAAGCUGAAACUCACCACAUUCGACGGACACUUUGCCAAGCUGAGGGGCCUCAACGGAGACACUGCACCCAGCCUGAAAAACACCUGGCUGGAGGUCCCCACCCAGUACCUGGUGGUGCAGCUCAACAGCCCGCUGCAGGCCGGCGGCAUGUACGAGCUCUUCACCAACUUUGUUGGAGAGCUGGCCGACGACCUGGGAGGAUUCUACAGGAGUGAAUACAUGGAAGAUGGGGUAAAAAAAGUUGUGGCCACGACUCAAAUGCAGCCAACGGAUGCCAGGAAAGCCUUCCCCUGCUUCGAUGAGCCCGCUAUGAAAGCUGUCUUCCACAUGACUCUCGUGCACCCCCCUGAGACUGUGGCUCUGUCCAACGGCAUGAACUACGACCCUGUUAGCAUCACUGUGGAUGGCCAGAAUUUAAUCCAGACAAGCUUUGAACCCACAGAGAUUAUGUCAACCUACUUGCUGGCUUUUGUUGUGUGUGAUUUUACAUUCAAUGAGACGAAACCGGGUGCAGACAUUUUGAUCAGGAUCUGGGCUCGCAAGAAGGCUAUAGAGGAGGGCCAGGGAAAUUAUGCCCUGGAGAAGACUGGACCCAUACUGGCAUUCUUUGAGGACUACUACAACUCUUCUUACCCCCUGAGCAAGUCAGACCAGAUCGCUCUUCCCGACUUCAGUGCUGGAGCCAUGGAGAACUGGGGCCUGAUCACUUACAGAGAAACUGCCCUCUUAUAUAAUCCUGCCGUGUCAUCCAAUGGAGACAAGGAGUGGGUGGCAACAGUCAUCUCGCAUGAACUCGCUCAUAUGUGGUUUGGGAACUUGGUGACCAUGAGGUGGUGGAAUGACUUGUGGCUCAACGAGGGGUUUGCCACCUAUGUCUCUUAUCUUGGAGCCAACUAUGCUGAACCAACGUGGAAUAUGAAAGAUUUAAUAGUUCUGAAUGAGAUCAUUGGUGUGAUGGCAGUGGAUGCCCUGGCCUCCUCCCACCCCCUCUCAUCCAAAGAGGAGGACAUCCUGAAGCCAGAGCACAUCAGUCAACUGUUUGACUCCAUCACAUACAGCAAGGGAGCUGCAGUCCUCAGGAUGCUCUCAGAGUUUAUCACUGAAACUGUCUUUUCCAAAGGACUCCAUACAUACUUAGAGGAGUUCAAGUAUAAGAACACAGUCUACACAGACCUCUGGAAGCACCUGCAAAUGGCAGUGGAUGAAGUCGGCAUUAAGCUGCCCCACUCGGUGGAGGUUAUCAUGAACCGCUGGAUCCUACAGAUGGGGUUCCCAGUGGUCACCAUCAACACCCAGACUGGAAAAAUCACACAGAAACACUUCUUGUUGGACCCAGACUCUGUUGUGGACAUCCCUUCAGAGUUUAAUUAUGAGUGGUUUGUCCCUAUUACAUGGAUUAAGACUGGUGGAGCUGAACAGCAGUACUGGCUUCUUAACAAAGAAGCUACAAACACAGACAUGACUCUUGCUACUGACGAGUGGCUGGUGGCCAACAUAAAUAUGAAGGGCUUCUACAGAGUCAACUAUGACUCUGAAAACUGGGAGCGUCUCCUCACCAAGCUGAGCGCCAAACAUCAGGAUAUUCCAGUGAUCAACCGAGCUCAAAUUAUCGAUGAUGCAUUUAACCUCGCAAGGGCACAGAUGGUGAACACAACUCUGGCUCUGAGGACUACCAAGUUCCUGGAUAAAGAAGUUGAAUACAUGCCCUGGCAGACAACCAGGCGCAACUUGGACUACUUCUUCCUCAUGUUUGACCGCAGUGAAGUAUAUGGACCCAUGCAGGCUUACAUAAAGAAACAGGUCACUCCUCUGUUUAACCACUUCAAAGGUCUCACUCUCAACUGGACAAAGAUCCCAGAAAAGCACACCGACCAGUACAACCAGGUGAAUGCAAUCUCCUUGGCCUGCAGCACUGGAGUGGAAGGCUGUCAGGAGCUGACCACUGGCUGGUUCAGAGAGUGGAUGAAAAACCCAGCUAAAAACAACAUUAGUCCCAACCUGAAGUCCACAGUGUACUGCAGUGCAAUUGCAGCAGGAGGAGUGGAGGAGUGGGACUUUGCUUGGUCCAUGUACAAGAAUGCCACCAUCGCUUCAGAAGCUGAUAAACUCAUGUAUGCACUGUCCUGCACCAAACAGCCAUGGCUGCUGAACAGGUAUCUGCAGUAUUGUCUGGACCCAGAGAAGAUCCGUAAGCAGGAUGCCACCUUCACCAUCGUUUACAUUGCUAGUAACCCCAUCGGUCAGCCUCUGGCUUGGGACUUUGUCAGAGCCAACUGGAACCAUAUAUUCAAUGACUAUGGUGGUGGAUCAUUUUCCUUUGGAAGACUAAUUUAUGGAGUGACCAAACGAUUCUCCACUGAGUUUGACUACAAGCAGCUGCUGCAGUUUAAAGAAGACAAUGCAGGACAGUUCGGCUCGGCCACCUCGUCUCUUGAGCAGGCACUUGAGACAACCAAGACCAACAUGAACUGGGUGGCCAUGAACAAGGAACAGGUGCAUAAAUGGUUCACCAGCGAAGCUUCUUCUCCACUAUAACACUCUCCAUUAUGUUGUUGGACUAGAUUGUUCUACUGACUUUUAAUCUGGCUGGAACCAAAUUUAUUAUUAUAAAUGUUCUGAAUGUGCUGACACUUUUAAAAAUAUAUAGUUUUGAUUAAGCCUUUUUUCAAAUAAAGACUAUUUGAUACCAAAAUCUGGUUUCGCAUGUGGAAAACAUGUUUUAAUACUGUAUGUACUGCCAAUGUUUGAAAGACAUUAGAGGAGUUUCAAGAUUUUAAAUAAUUGUCACAACACAAAUGUGUGAUAUUCUAUGCUCACCUGGCUGCAUCCCCAUAUUUUUUUUACAUCUUCUGUGGAUGCCAUUCUAUGAAAUAAAAGCCAUUUUGUGA